CUCCCCUUUAUUCUUGAACUCAGCGACGUAGAUUUCUAUUUCCUGCAGAUCUUGGUUGUUUAUUUUUAAAUUAUCUUCCGAAUGCAUUGCUCAACUUUCUUUGUUUUUUCCCGUGUUUGUUCUUGGUGAAUGGCAUCAGUCCGGACGACGGCAGGCCAAGGCAUUUUGGCUUCCAUUCUCUUGAAAACCUGGCUACUUUCUUGAUGCGCUAUGAGCAAGAUGGCGUCUUGGGCCUGAAGUGUGCAUAAUAUUCAUGUGGUCAAAUUUUCUCCAGUGUAGAGCGAGUCCUGGUCUUUUCCGAAAAGUGAAAUUAACACGUGGUUGAUGCGAGUGAUAUAUAUAUUAAUUUCUGUUCUUCUUGUGGAUUAUUUUCAUCAGGAGGACUCGACAGUGGCACUUCCUGUGUCUAGUGACGUCUGGCAGCCAUGGCGGAGCUGUACAAACCAGGGGACAAAAUCUUCGCCAAAAUGAAAGGAUAUCCGCACUGGCCCGCGCGGAUUGACUACCAACAAGAUGGGGCUGUCAAAGCUCCCAAGGGGAAAUACCCAAUCUUUUUCUACGGGACGCACGAAACAGCGUUCCUGGGCCCCAAGGACAUCUUCCCGUACGAGAAGUACAAGGACAAGUACCACAAGUCCAACAGUCGCACCGCCUUCAACGCCGGGCUCUGGGAGAUCAUCAACAACCCUGAGGUCGUCUUCCAGCCAUUGGACUUUGAGAUGGACUCUGGUCUGGGGAAGUCCACGAAGAAGACAGGCGGUCGGAAGAGAAAGAAAAGUGAAAUGGAGGAAGAAGAGGAGGAAGGUAAAGAGGACGGGGAGGAGGAGGAGGAAGAGGAAGAAGUGGCGCCCAAACCCGCCAAGAGGAGGCAGACCAAGGCCGUGGGGCGGAAGCGACCUCCCAAGGCUGCAGGUGGGAAGAAGUCGGCGGCGAAGAAGAAAGCGAGCGGCAACAUGUCGGACGACGCAAGUCUGGGCUCCUCUCUCAGCAGGAUCAGAAGAACCGUAAAUCUAGCGGGAAGUCAUCGGCUUCGGAGGACGAGAGAGGGAAGGAGGAGAGAGGAGCGCCGAGGGAGGAGAAGGAGAGAGCGGAGGAGGUCCGCAGACAGGAGAAGGAGAAGAAAAUUCAAAUAGAGAAAGAGAGAAGAAAACAGGAAAAGUACGAACAGAAGAAGAAGGAGAAAAAGGAGCAGAUACAUUCCUCCCAGCACAGACCAGCAGCGGAGAGGAUACGACUUCUGGUCUUGUGACCUCUACCAGCGACCCCGCAACCUCUACCGUCGACCCCUGCCCCACGACCUCCACCACACAGCCGGAAGCUGACAGCUCAGAGUCGGCCAUAACUUCUGACAGUGACACCCGCCAACCGCCCCCCGCGGCCAAUAUUCUUCCAGGACUUGACGCCAUUUUCUCACCCCAGGGGGCGGGCGAAUCUCACGGCAGGGCUGCACCUACGACGUCACUAGGUGACAAUGUGAUGUCACUGCCGCCAGCUGACGUACUGACACAGGCUGGUGACGCUGCGUCGCUAAAUGCCACAGCUGCCGCGUCACUCCCUGGCGACGUGACGUCAAAACCCAGCAGUGACACGCCGGGGCAACGUUCUGACGACACGGUGUCACAAACCGCCAACCCUUCGUCAGUGUCGUCACCGUCGUCAAGCCACGGGCAGAGUGGCGUGUCGGUGGCAGCUGUCAGUGGUGGGGCGAGGGGCCCGGACAGUUCCCACUACGACCCCCGGCGACCCCUCAGUCUGCCGCUACCCCCGGGGGCAGGGGAGGAGGAGGAGGAGGAAGAGGAGGAGAGGGAGGGAGAAGGCGAGGGGAAGGGGGACAAGAGUCUGUCGGCCGGCUCUCAGCUCACAGAGGGAGAGAGUUCGAGUCCGCUCAUACCCCAUGUGGGCCACCAGUCCACUCUACCCGGCGCUGAGGAGGGGAGGACGUAUGUGGACACCCCCUACAAGACUUUGUCUCCCAUGACGUAUGUGAGCACCCCCUACAAGACUUUGUCUCCCAUGACGUAUGUGAGCACCCCCUACAAGACUUUGUCUCCCAUGACGUAUGUGGACACCCCCUACAAGACUUUGUCUCCCAUGACGUAUGUGGACACCCCCUACAAGACUUUGUCUCCCAUGACGUAUGUGGACACCCCCUAUAAGCGUUCCUUUGUCUCCCAUGAC